AUGAAAUCCGUAUCACCCACCUCUCCCUCCCACUCCCACCCCGUCAGCCCCGGGCGGGCAAAGCACCUCGAACGAAACCGCGUCGCCGCCAACAAAUGUCGCGAAAGAAAGAAGCGAGAACACAAACAAAUCGAACGUCGUCUCACCGACGAAACUGAAAAGAAAGACAUCCUCCUAGCACAAUUGAACUGCCUCCGAGAAGAAGUGUGGAACUUGAAAAACCUCAUCUUCCAACACGCCGACUGCCAAGACCACCAAAUCAACAACCAACUCGCCAGGAUGACCCAGACCGUCCUGCAAAGUCCUCCCAACCAGGAUCCGAAUUCCAACUUACCAACCGGCUUAUCGCCCGCAUUUUCAACUGGGACCUAUUCCGACGAGUCGGUCACAGAGGAUACAGGUGCCAAUCCCAUCGGACCGGGCGCGUAUAACAACGACUGGACGGUAUUGCCUGCCAUUGCGAACGACUUUGCCCCUUACGAGCCAAAUGGUUUUGUUGCCGAUUCCAUGUUUGAAAACUUUAUCAAUGCCGACAAUGGGUAUACCUAA